GAGCGACUCCAAAUCCACUCCUCGCUGAGGGGGGUUUCACUUUUCACUCUUGCUUUAUGGGGUUUCCCGGCAUGGAAAUUCCAACUUUGUCUUGCCCACCUCACCCCUUCCCCACAGCCGCCCCUCCUUCACUGUAUAUAAAAAAGGAAAGAGAUGGAGUUUCCUCACACUGCUUUCCCUCUCGGAGUAAAUACUUUCAAAAGCCUUGGCUUUCACUUCAGAAGGAGCAGCAUCAAGGUUUUGAGACUGGUUUCCUUUUCCCUCUCGAAAUCGGUUCAAGACGAAAGGCAGCCAAAUGUCAAGAGGAACUUUGUCAGCGUUGACGGCGCUUUUACUUACGGCUGUCCUAACUUCUAAAGCUUUUGAGGUGGAGGACAUUGUGCCCGGCCACCAAGUUGCCGCACAGAUCGGUGAAGACCUGGAGCUAUGGUGCAACACAACUGGCUGUGAUCGCCCCACUUUUUUCUGGAGGACUCAGCUUGACUUCCCGUUAGGUGCAAAUGUGAGCCAACAGGGAAGCAACUCAGUCUUAACGAUGAAGGUUGGCUUUGAAAACGAGCACGAAUAUCUCUGCAACACUAGAUGCGGGGAGGUCAGGAAACAACGGAGGGUGCAAAUUGACAUUUACUCAUUCCCCAGUGAUCCUGUUAUAGAGAUCAGCCAGCCGCUGAUUCUGGGGGAACCAGCCACUAUCACCUGCCGUGUUCCUAAAGUGUAUCCCGCUGACCGGCUGGAGAUCUACUUGGAGAUCGAAGGGGAGUUUCUUCGGAUGACAGAGUUUUCCCGAGAACCCCUUAUCAAAUCUGUCGAGACGAAAAGUGCGAGCAUUACGUUUACUCCCAGUGAAGAAGAUAAUGGGAAAGAAAUCACAUGCAGAGCCGAACUGCCAAUUGAUGAGAUGGAGUUUGAGCCCAAGGCGAGGAAAACAACACAAAUACUGCAUGUUAACUAUGCCCCCAGACUUCCAGACUUCUCCAUCCUUCCUGCUGGGUCAGUUAAGGAAGGAGAAAGUGUUACUUUGCAGUGCCUUGCAAAGGGCAACCCUGCUGCCAAGGUCACCAUAAGGAGGAAAUCAGCCAAUGAAAAAGUGGUCCUUGAUAGCAAGGAUGGAGUCGUCCACAUCCCUAGAGUGACUCCUGAUGAUGCAGGAGACUACGAGUGUGAAGCAGAGAAUGAGUUUGGGGAAGUCAAAAGGGCAGAAACACUAAGUGUGGAAUAUGGACCAAGGAAUACAAGGAUUGUCUCUGUGCCUUCUAGCACAGUGAAGGAAGGGGACAACGUAACUCUGACUUGUUCCACCUAUGGGAGUCCCACCCCAAAGGUUUUCUGGAAAAAGCAGCUUUUGAACGGAGGCUCUCUGCUCAUUUUGGAAGGUGCUACUUUAACCAUAAAAGCCGUACAGGCAGAAGCUAUGGGACUUUAUGAGUGUGAAGCAGUUAACGUGGCUGGGAAAGAAAGCAGAACUGUGGAAAUAAUUGUUAAAGUCUUGUCACCCUCUACUCCAGAAAUGUCACAUUCUACUCCAGAAUUGUCACCAACUGCUUCAGAAUUGUCACCCUCCACUCCAGAAUUGUCACCCUCCACUCCAGCAUUAACAGAUCAAACUGAAACUGUUACUGAGGUGGAAGAUUUCGCCAUUAAGAGCACAACCUAUAAUACUCAACAUCAAGUGACUGACAGCAAAGGGAACGAUCCGGAAAAGGAAACUUCCCUCACCACAAACGGAAGAAUCUUUACAACGUAUACAACAUCCAGAAACAAUACAAUCACAUACGCAGUGAAAGUUGAUGAUGUUGGAAACAGUACAGAAGAGGACAAAAUAGUCAAAGAGAGAAUAGAAGAGCCAGAUUACUUGACUCCUGUGAUCAUUGCUGUUUCUUCGUUAGCAACGGCGGCUGGACCCAUGGCAGCCCUAUUGAUUUACAUUUUUCGAAAGGCAAAAAUCAACAGAUCCUACAGCCUGGUGAACUCCCUGAAACCAAAAGUAUAAACAGAGCAAGAGCAACCACAUGUUUUCUGCAAGAUUAACAGGCGGAUAAUGUCGUGCAUUGCUUUGAUGAACUUCCUCAUCAUAACUCAAUGUGAUAAACCAAAAAUACGCACUUUCGUGAGAAUCACCGUGGUGUAGUUGUUAAGUGUGUUGGGCUAGGACUGGGGAGACCCAGGUUUGUCCCUAUGCAGCCGUUAAUCUUGCUGGGCUUCCUGGGGUCAGUCACUCUCUCAAGCUAACCUACCUCACAGGGUUGUUGUAGUGAGAAAAUGGGGAUAGGGCUAUGGGUGCUGUCCUGAGAUUCUUAGUGGAAGGACAAGGUAUCUGAAGAAGUGUGUGUGCACAUGAAAGCUUAUACCAAGAACAAACUUAGUUGGUCUCUAAGGUGCCACUGGACAAUUAUUAUUAUUUUUUAAUAUAUUUCGACUGUGUCAGACCAACAUGGCCACCUACCUGAAGGUUUUAAAAUGUGAUAUAUACAGCUUCACAUCUUUUGGUAGCUAAGUUAAGGGAUCUGUGGGCAAUGGCAGACUGUGGGGUUUCAAAUUUCAGCACCAUAAUUUCAUUCUACAUCAUAGUUGUGGUGCCCUCAAAGCUCUGCACCCAGUGGAACUGAACCACUCAGGCACCCCUAAAUCCACCUCUGUCUGCGGGGCAGAUGUUACCUAUUAAUAAAAGGUCAAUCGCUUGCUUUCGAACUGCCUUCACAGAAGGAAAUCCUGGAAGCAUUAGACCAUCCUUAGAAAUAGCGUAUAUUUUAUAAAGUCACAGAUCUGAGGGGGAAAUCCCCAAACUUGCCAUGGCCCUAUUAGUUCUGUGCCAAAGCAUUUCCUUCCACAUAUAGCGGAAUAAUUGCCGGAUGGUUCAGAAAGCAAGAUUGGUGAGUUUGUAUUAUUACAGAGUGUGGGGUUCCCCGCCCCUCUAAUCCAAUUGAAGUUAGGGAUUUUAGAGACCCACUGAUUUCAGUGGAGGUUAUUUUAAAAGACACGCUUAAUCUUUUCAUUGAAAUAAACUGUACUUCUUACAGUUGGGCAGAUCCACACCACACAUUUGAACUAACGUGACAUCGUGUCUGUAUACAUACCCAAUCCUUUCCGUCAUUUUCAGCAAUGCAAUCUGGUAGUUUCACGAACCUACAGCAGUGUAAAGUUCUAUGAGAAAGACUAGGUGGAACUCUUAACAUGUUCCUCAGCACCCAUGCCAGGAAUCUGGGGAGGGGGGAGCUGCAACAGUUAAGCUUGUUUAAAACUGUCACAACAUGGUAGUGUGUAGACCAUGUUCUGUGACGUCAUUCUCUAUGACUGAAUAAAACUAAGGCUGCGAUCCUAUGCACGCUUCAUAGGGCAUAUUUAUCUGAAUAAAUAUGCUUAUGAUCACAUGGCAGAACGUCCUCCACUCAUAUUAAGUGGAGUUCAAAACAUUUGUUGUCUCCCUAAAUUCUAACUACAAAACAACAAAACUGACUUUUAAUGUCUACUUUGAAGGACGCUCUCAACUGUAAUUUUACAAAAAUUAGCUUGUACAAUAGCACUCAUGAAAUUCAUUCCCAGUGGAGUGAUGAUAUGUCCUUCUGAAAAGAUUUUUGACACCCUCACCUGCAAUUUCAUGUUCUUGGUACUUUUACGUCUUGCACAGUAUUAUUUAAAUCUGUUUGUAGCAACAAAGUUUUUUUAUCCUGUGAAUAGAAUAUUCGUGUUUACAUUACCUCCGCUCCCAUUUGUAAAAUGUUGUUCUGCUAAACAGCAACGUAGCCGAAGUUCUGUAGCUAGUUUAUGUGUUAUUAUUACCUUUGUAAAUAAAUGUCCUUUUCCUUGCUUUGUAA